UAUAUAUUUUAUGGUUUAAACAAUAUUUAUGUAUUUCGUUACAGGAAAAUGAGUCGUCCAAAAAGCCAAAGAACAAUUACGAAACCACCAAGAUAUCAGACCACCUCAUCUGAAGACGAAGUACCAAGGAGAGGAGCAAAUGCAAGAAAACGACCAGCUAUAGAAGAGGACAUAAAGGACUUGCGAGAAGUUUUCACAUCAAACUGCUCGCAAAUUGAUGACGAUAAUUUACACUUACAUACACAGAGUCAACAAAUGCAUACACAGAAUCAAGAAAUACAUACACAGAAUCAACAAGCACAUACACAGAAUCAACAAGCACAUACACAGAAUCAACAGAUGCAUACACAUAAUCAACAAACACAUACACAGAAUCAACCAAUGCAUAUACAGAAUCAACAGAUACAUACACAGAAUCAACAGAUGCAUACACAUAAUCAACAAAUAGAUACACAGAAUGAACACGUGCAUACGCAGAAUCAACAAAUAUAUAUACAGAAUCAUCAAAUGUAUAAUACACAGAAUUCACAAUUAUACGCACAGUCAUCUGAGGCAAAUAUACAAACACCCACUAAUUAUCCACAACAAAUUUGUAGUAGACAAAUGGAAACAUCUCACGAAUCUCGUAUUCAUUACUCUCAACAUACACCUACACCUUCUCAUACAUUAAAUACUAAUCAAAAUAUUUUCCAGAAUCAACCACAUUUAAGCCACGUAGAAAACAGAUUAAAUGCUAAUCAAAAUAUUUAUCGAGAUCAACCACAUUCAAGCCACGCAGAAAAUAAUGGACAAUAUUUGAUAACAGAGGAGCGACUGGAGAUUAUGGAAAGUCAAUUGAGGAUAUUGAAUGAUAAUUUUGUUAAUUUGAAUGAAAAUAUACAACGGAUUUUGAAAUGUGUUCAAGACAGAGAUCGAUGCCGAAUUACACAAAAAGUGUCAUGCUUACCGUUUUCCACGGAAAAAGAUGUGCAAGACUUUGAAAAUGUUGAUGAUGCGACUUAUAAUGAAGUUGUAAAUUAUCUUCAAUACAUUGGCGGAUUCACAGCCAAAGAAGCAGUCAAUUUAUGUUUCAAAGAAGUUAUGGAAAAUCAGACAACAACAGCGUUUACAUGGUUUGGCCGUGAAGAAGACUCACUACCUUUGUACAACACACGAAUCAUUAAGGCGAUUUACGCUGCUGUUUCCGAUAAUAAACAUUUUGAAAAACCAACUCGAUCGGAAUUCCAGCGAUACUUGCGAGAAGCUUUGCGAGCUGCAAAACAACGUCAAAGGACACAUAACCGUAAAAAAGAUAACGGGAACAGAAAUAAGGAGCGAAAUGCAGCUCAGGAAUAUUGGGCUGACGAAGACAAUAAUUCAUUGGACAAUGAAGCAGACGAAACAAUGGAACAAAAUUAAUACGAUUAAUGCCUUUUAAAGAUGUUGCAGAUUUAGGUUAAUUAUUGGAUUCAUUGUUGGCAUCAUCGACGGACUAAUUAUUAUGUAAAAAAAAAUUAGAAUUUUUUUUUAGUAUAAUAUAUUAUAACAUUUUCUAUUAUAUACGGUAAGAAAAAAGUCGCGCGAAAUAGCUUAAUAUUUUAAAAAUUAUAGCUGUAAAAAAAAGUUUUUGACAAAAGUUACAGGAUAUUAU